AGGAUGACCACAAAGAACAGACCCCGUGAUCGCGCUAUUCAGCAAGUCCAAAAUCGCAUAUAUAGAUUGGGUGUGUUCCUUCUGGUACGUUUUCUAUCGUCAACCGGGCUGGUUGUUACAGCGUUGGUCGGAUCCCAACGGCGGCGUCGCUGGUCUUCGCAUUAAAGGCUCCUCCGCCGACCGGCCAUCUUAUCUUAUCGCAUAUCCGCGGUUUCUCUUCACGCCGUCGCGUUUCGUUCUCGCCAGGCAACGGCGGUAUUCCCUGUCCUUAGUUGUCUAGGUACCCUAUCCAGUUGCUUGCUGCAUUUUAGGAUGGCAUAUCAACUCUUUUCCAAGGCACAUCAGCCGAAAAACCAGACAUCCACCACUCCUCCUACCCAAAACCCUUAUAAUGACAGAUACCGACCACCGAUUCACCCACCACCACCACUGCCUCCGUCGGCAGUUCCAGCAUCCAAGCCACCAGCAAGCAACGGGGAUACAGCCAUCGAACCCACUCCGUAUCCAUACCCAACCCCGUCGGGCUACCCAACUCCCCACCCCCAUAUCACGAUUGAGACGGUCAACACGGCACAUAUUCCUUCACUGACCCGAAUCACCGGCCUGCUUCUUCCAAUCCGCUAUCCGAAUUCCUUCUAUACCGCGACUGUCAUGGAUCCUGUCAUUAGUUCGCUGUCUCGCGUCGCUAUCUACCAUGACCAUCCCGUCGCCGAAUCCGCUACAUCGACACCUUCACUGAAAGCUAGUCCGGCUGCAGGUAGCGCAAGGAAUAUCGGAGCUGAUAAGGUUAUUGGUGGUAUAAGAUGUCGACUGGAGCGGUUACCUCAGACAACGGCAGAGCUCCUACGUAUCAGCCAAUUGCAUGGAAAUUUGACACAAGAGCCAACGAAUUUGUACAUCCAGACCCUACAUUUGCUUUCACCAUACCGGGGGAAUGGUGUCGCAGCAUCCCUACUCAACGCUUUGCUAUAUGCUACACCACCUGGGCAUAGUUCGGCUUCAAGAACUGGAGAGGGUGGUGGUGCAGGUCACCAGGUGUCGAGAUUGGUCAAACACUACAAUAUCCGCUACGUCACCGCUCAUGUACACGAAGCAAACGACGAAGGGUUGAAAUGGUAUAUGGCCCGGGGAUUUCAAGUAGAGGAUGGUGUGAUAGAGAAGUACUACCGACGACUCAACCCCUCAGGCGCCAGAAUCGUCAAGCUUGCGUUACAAUGGAAAGACGACGAUGAGGAUGACGAAGGGAUUUCCGGUUUGAAAAAUGGAGGCGAGGAGCAAAAUAAAGAAGAAAGUCCCUAUGAUGGUGACGAGGAGGAUUGGGAGAAGGUCGAGGCGGAAGACGAAGACGAGAAACAAGACCAUGGAGUCCGACCUUUUACGGAUUCAAGAAUUCUUGAUGUUGAUGAGGGAGGUAGUAGGAAGAGGAAGGCUGAGGAGGAGCCACUGUGAUGAUAUCCUAUUCUUUCAGUUUUCUUUGUUUUGGCGUUGAUAUAAGUCUACGGUUUUGCUCAUUAGGAUACCCUUUCGCCUUCCUUUACUAUGUAUAUUUGAUACGCAGCAAGAUACAUUUAUAAUGCACAGGAACAAUGGAGCGGGAUGGUGACAGAUUAUUCUUGAUCGAUCAGGCUCUUAAGGCAUAAAUAUAGCAAUGUCCCUAUAUGGAACAGCAGAGAUAUUCCCGUCCAAUAAGAUCGAGCCAGCGGAAUGACCUAUCGGA